AUGGAGAUAGACUUUCACUAUGAGGAUAUAAGCUCGCCAGACAGCAAAGCUGACACUCGCCCGGGAACGUCCACGGGAAAGAUAUUGAAGGCUUCAGAGCACGAAGCAUACUGGACCGAAGAUGCCAAAGUCAAUCAUCGUCCUCAAGUUCUGCAAUGCUCGGAUGAAGAAGAGCAACUAGAAGUGCAGGAGCUGGAGACUGACAUGCCGUCCUCUUCAGGGUGGAAAGUGGUCGAGUACACGGAUAAGAGCGAGAAAGCUCGAGACCGUCGUGAAGAUCAGGGUCAGCCAGUGAGCGAUGGUGACUUGGCCUUGCUGUCUGAUUUGAGGAGCCUCAUCGACGAAGCUGUCUUGCUGGUUGAGCACGCGGCCGAUGGCGUUUAUGAAGACCUGGUGAUGACGCUCGAGCAGAGCAGCAGCCCUAUCGGUCGUGCUAUCCGAAACGAGUUGAGCAAGAGGACGGGAAGCGCGGAUGUGAAGUCUCUGGCAGUGACCAGCUCUCAGGAAAAUGGUGUCGAUGCAGCACUUGAAAGGCUGGUAAAGGAGGGGAGCGAGCUGCUGGAGAAGAUGCCGGAGGAGCUGGUGGAGACGCUCGGGGAGGCGCUUAGGAGCAGCAGCCCGGUGGCGCAGAUGCUUCGAGACCAGCUGGAGGGGGGCAGGGAGGAAAGGGAGGAAGAGGAGGAGGGCGGGAGAGGGCUUGAGAGAGAGCCGGGAGACAGGGAGGGAGGCGGUGGAGUAGGAGAGGGAAGGGCAGAUGAGAAGGCCGAGGAGGCACUGAAAGAGACAGGAGCAGCGGGCAGCAGCGGGCAGGAGCAGCACGGGACUAGUACCGAAUCGACGGAGGAGACGAAAGAGGACAGCGGAGAGAUCGAUGCGGAGGUGGAGACGGAGGGGAGAACACAUACGGAGGUCAAUGGAGAGGAGGGAGGCAGCGGGUCAGGGGAGGAGUCGCUGGUGGGGAGGCUGGUAAAGGAGGGGAGCGAGCUGCUGGAGAAGAUGCCGGAGGAGCUGGUGGAGACGCUCGGGGAGGCGCUUAGGAGCAGCAGCCCGGUGGCGCAGAUGCUUCGAGACCAGCUGGAGGGGGGCAGGGAGGAAAGGGAGGAAGAGGAGGAAGAGGAGGAGGAGGGCGGGGGAGGGCUUGAGGGAGAGCCGGGAGACAGGGAGGGAGUCGGUGGAGUAGGAGAAGGACGGGGAGGGACAGAGGGCAGGGAGGGCGAUUUGGGGGCGGAGGAGGACAGGAAGGCAAGCGAGAAGGCCGAGGAAGCCGAAAGGGAGACAGGAGCAGCGGGCAGCAGCGGGCAGGAGCAGCACGGGGCUAGUGCUGACAUGGAGGAAGUUGGAAGCUUGGGGGUGGAGGGAGGGGACCAUGUGGAGGAGACAAUAAUGUCAGGGGAGGAGGAAGCCGGUGGUAGUGCUGGUUUACCGCACUCUGCUCAGGAGGAGCUUGUCGGAGCAGAGGUUGCAACUGACAUGGAGGAGGGAGUGCAUGGAGGGAAGGAAGAAGACUGCCGGGCAAGGGGAUCUUUGCAGCAGGUUGAGAGGGAUAGGGAGGAGAAGGACAAUGUUGGGAAGAUACUGGGAGAAGAGCAGGAGGUGAAGUUGGAGGUGAAGCAGGUGGAAGGGAAGAAAGUAGAGGAGGAGAACCUGCGAGCAGAGGUCGGCCAGUAUGAUGUCGGCUCUGAUGGAGGGGACGGGAAGCAAGCUGCGAGCAAGGAGGAAGGGCAGGAGGAUGGGAAGGGGCUGCUCAAGAUCAGGAUCCCUUCACUGCCAGAGACGAAGACGAGGAGAAAGGGGAAGACGGCAGAUCUUGAGUUCGAAGGAGGUUGGUUGUGCUCUUGGGGAGCUUCUGAGGUUUGA